AGUCUCGCAACUGCAGCCAGCAUGAGGUGGUGUUUACUGUUGCUAGGUAACGCGCAUACCUAGUUUAAGGCCAGUGAAAGGCUUUCUGCUGAUCCAACCCUAACUGUCGUGUUUUUAUUUUUCUCUCAACAUGGCAGAUAAAGAUAAACUGGAUUUGGUCCAUCGGGACGCGAUUCACGCCGAGCGGGUCCGGAAAGAGCAAAGACACCAGAAGCUCCACACGGAGUUCAGCAUCAACCCCCACAGGAAAUUGCAUGUACUGCCAGACAAACCCAUGUGUAGGAGAACGACAGAAGAGAUUCCAGAGGACGAGGAUUUCAUCAAGGCUUUCCGCAAGGCCCACGAAGUUCCUACCAAGAAGUAUUCUAUGCCACUCACUGAGAGCCAGGAGAUAGGAUGGAUGUCGACUCCACUGGUCCCGGAGUCCCGCCAAGACACCAGAUUCAAUUUCUUCCGAUUUAUGACAGACGUCACCAAACACCAUGAAUUUGGCCAAAGAACACAAAAUUAACCCCCCCCACACACACAAAAGAGAGAGAAUAGAAACUGAAUGCCUACUGAAAUGUAUUUGUUCAUCAAACAUGCGGGUGUCAGCACAGAAGCUGACCCUUCUUAGAGAAACACUUGGGGGGAACAUUUGCACAGGUCUGUACAAAACACACACGCCCAUCACAUACUAAUCAUACUAAUGAAUGGAAAAGGGCAAAACUGACAGCUGCUCAAUAUUAUAAAAUGUCAUGUAACAUGGGAGAGAAUCAACGAGUCAAAAAGCUGAGUGAGAAAAGUAAAACAGAACACACAAACCUUAGGAGAAGAGUGAAUCAUUGAGAAGGUGGAGAUAUGGAGGUGUAAUCACAGAGAGUGGAUCUAAAACCACCUUAGGGUAGGGACAACUGCAGCCACAGAUGCAAAUAUCAGGGUAUCUACAGCAAAUAACAUUGUCCUUCUCAACCUUAGGAAAGCGCUGUAUUUUGGAGCUGUGUGCAGUCCAUUCUUGGCUUUACAGGCCCUUUGAAUAGCUUCCCCAGCUGUGUGAUUGGACUCAGUCCAUCUGUGGUUUGAAUAUGAUUAAUAUGGACCUCCAUAUCAAUCCAGAUGCAUGUACGAAAGGUAUAUUGUACCAAAAAGUGUAGAAGAAGAGCUCAUAGUCCCUUUAGGCAAAUCCUGCCAAAAAGCAGAGUGCAAAGUCCAGUCUGCUGAGCAGCCCGCCAGUCUCUAAGAGCGAUUCUUCAUCUUCUUGCGCACAGACUUGCCUGGACGUUUCUGGAAGUCAAAGAGAAAGAAAUUGUUUUUUUAUUUACUCAUUUGAAUAAAACAGUCAAUAGAUAA